CACAAAAAAUUCACCAAUGGAAAUUCGCUGCAAUUCCAUGCCUGUCCAUAACCGUUUUUUCUGCAGAUAGAAACAGCACUCACAAAACGCUAUUUGCUGAAAUUGCCAGAGUAGUUUACAGAAUUAACAAACUAUAGUUCAAACUUUUAUCAAUGAACUUUGUUUUUUUAGCAUGUUUAACACCCCCUCCUUAUUGUGUGUAAUUUACAGCCAUCCAAUUGCCUUAGUCCAAACACGAGAAGAGAGUGCCUAAUUCCUACAAGGGCACCGUCCUUUGCUGGGAAGAAACAAAACAAACAUUAACAUCACAGUUUGCUAGCAUAGAGAAAAAACAGGCUGCCAAACAAGUAUACUAAGUUAUAGGCAGAAGCAAAGGUCAUCUGGCUGCACAAAUGCUAGCUCUCCUUAACACCCAGGGCCAGUUAGAUGACUAGGGGCUUGGAGUGUAAGAAGGAAUGGGAGAGACUUGUUGCAGGACAGGUUAAACUGGGGAGAAAUUUCCAGCUUCCACUCUCAAGCAGUAUUCUGGAUCUUUACAACAGUGACCAAAGCUCUGACAUGGGACUUUCAAAUAAUGCCUGCCCUAGUCUUGGAGUAAAAAGGGAAGCUACAGACACAGAUAAUCGAGCCAUGGCAAAAGAAAGACAGAAAAAGGACAACCAUAAUCUCAUUGAGCGACGGAGGAGAUACAAUAUUAACUACAGAAUUAAAGAACUUGGAACACUAAUCCCAAAAUCUAAUGAUCCUGAUAUGCGCUGGAACAAAGGGACUAUUUUAAAAGCUUCGGUAGAAUACAUCAAAUGGCUACAAAAAGAACAACAAAAAGGUCGAGAAUUAGAACACAGGCAGAAAAAAUUAGAACAAGCUAACAGAAGAUUGCUGCUUCGUAUUCAGGAACUAGAAAUACAAGCUCGAGCCCACGGCCUUCCUAUGCCAACAUUAUGUACGGUGGAAAUAGCUUCCCAAGUCAUCAAGCAGCAAACAUAUGGGGAAGAUAUGUCUCAGGAUUUUGCUUCUCAGCUUCCAGUUUCCAUUGGACAAACGGCAGACUUGUGUGAUGUAUCUACAUCAUUUUCAGACCCACUAUCACAUUUCACAGAUCUAUCCUUUAGCGCAGCUUUAAAAGAGCAAAUGUUGGAAGAAAUGUCACCCUAUGGAGCUGAUCCCUUUCUUUCGGCAACAUCACCAGACCUAUCCAAAGGCAGCAGCAGAAGAAGCAGCUUCAGCACAGAUGAUGGGGAUGAUCUUUAAAUGAAAACACAAAAAUUUGAAAAUGAAAGACUACAUUGCUUUGGGAUACAGUUCUAUUUUAAAUGUGAGCGUGGGUCCAAUCUUUAUAUUUUUACGUAGGAAAACAUGGCCUCUAACAACUAUAGCCUAUUAAAUAAGAAGCCCAAAGGUGUCAUCUAAUUAUGAGAAGAUUCAUGAGGGCAACUUUUUUACUUUGUAAAUAUUGGUCAGAAAGCACCAAAACAUUUCUUGCAAUUACAUUAUAUCUGUUUAAUGAAAGGACACCUUUCCCACUUAUCUUAUUUUGUAGUGUAUAUAUAUAUUAUUUUUUCAUAAUGUACAUUUGAAUCAGAUUUUCAUGUUAUGGUUUACGCUUUAAGGAAAUACAUUUAGUCCUUACUCAUCUAUAAUUUUGUCAAUGGAUUUCUUUCUAAUUGGCUAUGGUAAAUUCAAAACUCACUGCUUUAUGUAAAUAGUCACAUGUAUUGUUUAUAUAAUUCAUUUUCUCCUGUGGAAACACAGUGCAAUAACAGGUUCCAAGUGCCUUGUCUUUGCACAUAAUGCACCUUGCCACCCCUGAGCUGCACCUGCUGCUCACAUAUAAAACUCUUUGCUGGACAAAGAGUUGAGUUUGUCUAUGUAUGAACUGCUGCCAGCUCCUGCUUGUGACUUUAGACUAGAAGGGUAGCACAUGACUGUGUAUGGCUGUCCUGUGGCAUGGUUUGUGCACAAGGACACAAGGUACUCUAGAGGUACCCUUAAAGGGGAGGGCAGUUUGAUAAGGGCACGGCUUCUCUUUGAUGUGCUCUGUGUCUUGGUGUCACCUUAAGUGGUGCAUCUGGCACAACCUAUUUAAUAGACUGGACCUGAAGGAUGGCGUUCUAAUAAAAUGUGCUUGUAUACUUCCAAUACUGCUGAUGUAUCUGGGUUCAUUAUGCUUACAGCAUGUAUGCCAUAUACCAAAGAAUGUAUCUUGAAAGUAUAAUGCGUGCAUACAUACCUAAUUGCUCUUUACAAUACCAUUUCAAUGGAAGGGUUGGAAUUUUAUAGUACAUCCAUUUAUACUGAAACUUGACCUUAACCUUUAAACCAGCAUAUUUUAUGCAAGGGACAGGUAUCUUGCGGCACAAAUAUACCUUAAUGGAACAAUCACUCCUUUGAAUACAUUUCUGGACAAGGGCAUACAUAGUAGUGUAGUUGCAGUUCUAUUGCAGAGGUGCUGGUUGUCAACCAAUGUUUUGGUCUUGAUCACAACAAAGUAUAAAUUCGACACUCAGGGAAAUUAUUUUCUAGAACAUCAUGUUUUUCUAUAUGUUCUAUACUGUUUUAUAAUAUGACUUAAGCUGUUUACAGACCAUUUUAUGAAAGAAAAAGGUGGUUUGAAUCACUUGUAGAAUAAGUGAUUGCAACUUAAUAUUGUGCAUAAAUAGCAUAUGGGGUUUACAAAUCUUUAAUGCAUAAUCAAUGUAUAGAUUAAGGAAAUGUUAUAGUAUAUUUUCUUCUGUUAUUUCUGCUCUUGUAUAUGCUUUAUUUCUCAAAUUAGUAUUGAACUUUCUUAUACAGAUACAGGCUCUAUUAUCAGGAAUGAUUGGGACUGGGGUUUCUUCAUAGCUUAUGUCUGUUAAAAAUCAUUUAAAUAUGAAAUAAACUCAAUAGUUUAAUUGUUUUGCCACCAA